AUGACCUCCGUGGCGCCUGGGCCCGAUCCUCUUGACGAAUUCAAGCAGGAGCUGGAAAAAUGGAAGGUCACGGCCGUCUGCAAGAGGCAAUACAUACAAGUGCAGAAGCUGAAGCGCUGGAUGAUGGAGGGUCAGCCGACAAAUGUUGAUCGACUGCUCUUCGCCUGCGGCGGCAGGAAAAAGAGCUUCUCUCUCGUGUCAAACAAAAUCACAGAGGGGCCUAGGAAGUGCCUGCUCGUCUUCGGCAUUCUCCUCGAGCUCGAUUCCGGUGCUUUGAUCGAAGCUUUGCGAUCCAACGAGGUCAACGACAAUAGAUUGCCCGUUCCUCUCGCGGUUCUCGAGAGACACACUGUCUUUAGACAAUACCCGGAGCUCCUGAGACGUUUCGAAAAGGCGCAAUGGAAAUAUUGUCCUCUGGCAUUCGAGCUGAACGAGCCGCAAAGUCUCACCGCUGACCAUAUUGUUCCCAUUUGCUUCAAGCAACAGAUCAGUGAAGGUGGAACAGCUCGCAUUUACGAGAUCACUGUGCAAGAAGAGUUCGUCACCGAAACGCUCGCAAAGGCAGUACCGCGCUCGCGAUUCGACGACCCGGACUAUGGGCCUUGUCACAUAUUUGCUUUGAAGACUUACAAAGAUGGCAAUGAAGGGUUGUACGAGAACGAGCGAAACGCCUUCCGAGGACUGAGCAAGAACAAAGGUAUGAUCAAGUGUCUGUUUGAUUACUCCCAAGUCGGAGCACGGCCGUCCGUCAACGAGUCCGCGAAUGAAACUUUCCAUCUCGUGCUGGAACUUGGGGAGCUCGAUCUCGACCAAUACUUUCACUUCUACCUACCUCCAGUCCUGGUGGAAGAACAGUUUCAUUUUUGGUCGCAUGUCUUCUUCGUGGCGGAUGCAAUCCGAGACAUCCACGCUUUCUAUCAUGUGGGAAACCUUGGUCCGGAGAAGUAUUUCGGAUGGCACAACGACAUAAAGCCUCAGAAUAUCCUCUACGUCCAGGGCGAGUUCAAGUUGGCUGAUCCUGGCUUCGCCCGCUUUGAAAAGCAGGAUCUCGAAAGCAAGGACGCCACGGACUAUAUGGGAGGAACAAGCACCUUUGGUGCGCCCGAAUGCUAUAUCCUCGAACACCAGAAACGGCGAGGGAAGCGAUCGUCUCUGAUUCCACGCUCCAAUGAUAUCUGGUCGCUUGGGUGUGUCCUUUCCAUUGCAGCAACAUGGUCCGUGUAUGGUACCAGCGGGCUUGAACAAUUCGCCGAGUUACGACGGCAAGCAAUCAAGCACGUCAUCGACGACAGGGCCUUUUCUGAGCAGCCAGAGAUCUCGCUUGAGCCAGGUGAUUUCUUCCACGACGGCCAGAAGGUCCUUGAAGCUGUUCGUCACUGGCACAGCUUCUUGCGACAAGGGCUGCGAAAGAGUGAUAAAAUCACGGAGAAGGUUCUUGACCUGAUCGAAAACGCCAUGCUUGUUUCCGAGCCCGCCCACCGCAUAUCUGCCCAAAAGCUAUGCGACGAGCUGCACAUGAUCAAGAAGAAUGCUGCUGGCUUGGCAGUCGAUGCUGUGGUUGCGGACUGCGUCAGAGACGCCAUACAAAACACUCAAGUCCGUUGGGAAAAGAGUCUCGUCGAAGCCUCCCAGUCUCGGGCCAGAGAGAGCAAGGCGUCAGUGGAUAACCGCCCCGGUGUCGUGCUUCGAGCCCAGGCUCCACUAGCUGCUCGGGGUGUUACCUCACAACUCAUGCAAACACGACUUAGUCACCAGAGCAAGGCGGUUGGUCACACUUCGCAGUCGUUCAUCAUUACGUCGCGAGGCUUGAUGCCAGGUACAGCGAACGAUGCACGUCUUGCCGCCCGCGCCGCAUCGCCUCGUCGUUCCUCCGCAGCAGGGUACCUCGACGUCGUCGAGGAAGAAGAGCAACACAGUCAAUCUCACGAGGAUGUCUCGACUACGCCGUCGUCUGUGCUGCUCACUCCUCCACAACGUGGGUUUACAACAUCAUCAAUGAGAUCGCGAUCAUCGACGUUCAGCACCAUGAUUGCUUCGAAGUUGCGGCGGAAGGAAACGCCAAGGGGAGAUCCUGAGCUGCGACAUUAUUUCGAAGACCGUGACAUUUUGUUCCUUGUUGACAAUGGCGCAAGCAUGGCUGAACACUGGGAGCAUGUCAAGAUCAAACUCGGCCAGCUUGUUAAAUAUGCUGGAAACAUUGACAAGGACGGCAUGGAGCUGAAGUUUACAGUCAGCAGCACCAAAUUCAAAGCAACCAAUAAAGUUCUUUCCUUCGAGAAAGAGCUGGAUAACGAAAAGCACACUCCCGGGCAGAGAGCCGAGACCAACAUGAGUGUUGUGCUGGGCAGCAUUCUGAGCAAGUACCUUGAGACAGUCGCGCCAUCGAAGAAAUCCAUGCCUCGCAAAAUGACCAUCAUCGUGUUGACAGACGGAAAAUGGAAGGACAUGAAAAACAGCCUGGCCGUCGACGAUAAGAUUGUGGAGUUCAGCGAACAUCUCAGGAAACUUCGGCCAAACACCUUGGAGGAGGACGAAAGACGUCUCAGCAUCCAAUUUGUCCAGUUCGGCAAUGACGCGCAAGCUACACACAGACUGAGGCGCUUGGACGAUCAUUUGCAGUUCCGUGGCGUUCCAGAUAUCGUUGACCACAAACGGGCUGACGCCGAGCCAUUUGACAUCCUUGCUGGAAGCGUGUCCCCAGCGGCCGAUGGAUUUGCCGCAGACGAAGUCAGCCCGGAGAUGAGCACAUCACCGGAGGGGAUGGAAGUUUACGGCGAGGCGGGCGAUUCCUCCUUGGGUAGCCCUCGAAGGCAUUCGAGAAGCACGGGCGACAGAUUUCAGAUGCCAAGACAACCGUCGGCGUUGGAAUUGCCUGUCUGUGUUGAACAGUCGCGGCCGAAACCGCAGAGGAAUCCCCGGUCCUCAGAAUCAAGGCGCUCACACAACAGCCAGGAUCCAGCUCGCCCUCCACCUCCUGCAUUUGGCUUCAUCGGGCACUAA